AGAACGCUGCGCUACUACCCACGCAUCUCACAAAGUCUACUCCGCCGCGCGUUCUCAGUUUCAACAUACCUCCAGGAUUCAGGGCUUCCUAAACUGCAAUUCAGCAAGGCUCCCUUGCUUGUUCUCACGCUAUGCCCCCAGCAACAACGCCGAGCGCCUACACUCCAAUGCCGCCGCAGCUACUAGUCCGCAACUUCCAACCCCAAACGCUGGAGCUCAGAACCCACCUCAGGCAAGACUGACCCGGUGUUGCUCCUACCGGGGCUGACUUCGAGGCCCGGCUAUGGACGGCGAGAGCGAAGUGGAUUUUUCUAGCAACAGCAUAACCCCUUUGUGGCGGAGGCGGUCGAUUCCUCAGCCCCAGCUGCUGGGCCGGAGCAAGCCGAGGCCCCAGUCCUACCAGAGCCCCAACGGGUUGCUAAUUACGGAUUUUCCGGUGGAGGACCGAGGGACGCUCCCCGCAGCGGAGAUUCCCGCCCAGGUGCCCACCGCCUCGGACAGCAGGACAGUACAUAGGAGCCCUCUGCUUCUGGGAGCCCAGCGGAGAGCGGUGGCCAAUGGUGGGACGGCAUCCCCGGAGUAUAGGGCUGCCUCUCCUCGACUUCGACGGCCCAAGUCACCCAAGCUCCCCAAAGCGGUGCCGGGAGGCUCCCCGAAAUCCCCAGCAAAUGGCCCGGUAACCCUGCCUGCGCCGCGGCCGCCGGUUCUGCGCUCCCCGCGGACUCCUAACGCGCCCGCCCCCUGCACCCCAGAAGAGGACUCGACUGGGUUGAAUGCCCUCCCGGUGCCUUCGCCCACUGCAAAUGGCCUUGCCGCUAAUAACGACUCUCCUGGGUCGGGUUCGCAGUCCGGCCAGAAGGCUAAGGACCCCGAACGGGGGCUCUCUCCUGCGCCCCAGAGAAGUUCUUCAGAACAAAAAUUUUCCCUCCAAAGACUGCCCUCCCAGGAGAACGAGCUCCUCGAGAAUCCUUCCGUGGUUUUGAGUACAAACAGCCCCGCCGCCCUCAAAGUGGGGAAGCAGCAGAUCAUUCCGAAGAGUCUGGCCUCGGAAAUUAAAAUAAGUAAAUCCAACAAUCAGAAUGUGGAGCCCCACAAGAGACUCCUCAAGGUGCGCAGCAUGGUGGAGGGCCUAGGAGGACCUCUGGGUCACGCAGGGGAGGAGAGUGAGGUCGAGAACGACGUGGAUAGCCCAGGGUCUCUGCGGAGAGGCUUGCGGUCCACGUCUUAUCGCAGGGCAGUGGUCAGUGGCUUUGAUUUUGACAGUCCUACCAGUUCGAAGAAGAAGAACAGAAUGUCCCAGCCUGUUCUGAAAGCAGUUAUGGAAGACAAGGAGAAGUUUUCCAGUCUGGGAAGGAUAAAGAAAAAAAUGCUGAAAGGACAAGGAACAUUUGAUGGGGAAGAAAAUGCUGUCCUGUAUCAAAACUACAAGGAAAAGGCCCUUGACAUUGAUUCUGAUGAAGAGUCGGAGCCCAAAGAACAGAAGUCAGAUGAAAAAAUUGUGAUUCACCAUAAGCCAUUGAGAUCCACAUGGAGCCAGCUCUCUGCAGUGAAAAGAAAUGGAUUAUCUCAGACAGUAAGCCAAGAAGAAAGAAAGAGACAAGAGGCUAUCUUUGAAGUCAUAUCCUCUGAACAUUCAUAUCUUCUCAGUUUGGAGAUCUUGAUACGAAUGUUUAAAAAUUCUAAAGAACUGAGUGAUACAAUGACUAAAACUGAGAGGCACCAUCUUUUCUCCAAUAUUACAGACGUCUGUGAGGCAAGCAAAAAGUUCUUUAUAGAGUUGGAAGCAAGACAUCAGAAUAAUAUCUUCAUAGAUGAUAUAAGUGACAUUGUGGAAAAACACACAGCAUCCACAUUUGACCCAUAUGUGAAAUACUGCACAAAUGAAGUCUACCAACAAAGAACACUACAAAAAUUGUUAGCUACCAAUCCAUCCUUUAAGGAAGUAUUGUCAAGGAUUGAGUCCCAUGAAGACUGUAGGAACUUACCCAUGAUCUCUUUUCUCAUUCUCCCCAUGCAGAGGGUGACCCGCCUUCCCCUGCUGAUGGAUACUAUCUGUCAAAAAACACCUAAGGACUCUCCGAAGUAUGAAGUCUGCAAAAGAGCCUUGAAGGAAGUAAGCAAGUUGGUUCGACUGUGCAAUGAGGGCGCCCGGAAGAUGGAAAGAACUGAGAUGAUGUACACAAUUAACUCCCAGCUGGAAUUUAAAAUUAAGCCUUUUCCUUUAGUCUCCUCUUCCCGGUGGUUGGUAAAAAGAGGUGAAUUGACAGCCUAUGUAGAAGACACUGUGCUUUUCUCAAGAAGGACAUCCAAACAGCAAGUCUACUUCUUUCUCUUUAAUGACGUGCUCAUUAUCACCAAGAAGAAGAGUGAAGAAAGUUAUAACGUCAAUGAUUAUUCCUUAAGAGAUCAGCUCUUGGUGGAAUCUUGUGACAAUGAAGAGCUUAAUUCUUCUCCAGGGAAGAACAGCUCCACAAUGCUCUAUUCAAGACAGAGCUCUGCCAGUCACCUCUUUACUCUGACAGUCCUUAGUAACCAUGCGAAUGAGAAAGUGGAAAUGCUGCUAGGAGCUGAGACGCAGAGCGAGCGAGCCCGCUGGAUAACUGCCCUGGGACACAGCAGCGGGAAGCCGCCUGCAGACCGAACCUCACUGACGCAGGUGGAAAUCGUUAGGUCAUUUACUGCCAAGCAGCCAGAUGAACUCUCCCUGCAGGUGGCUGACGUCGUCCUCAUCUAUCAACGUGUCAGCGAUGGCUGGUAUGAGGGGGAACGACUGCGAGAUGGAGAAAGAGGAUGGUUUCCUAUGGAAUGUGCCAAGGAGAUAACGUGUCAAGCUACAAUUGAUAAGAAUGUGGAGAGAAUGGGACGCUUGCUAGGACUGGAGACCAACGUGUAGUCUGUUACGUGGUCUUUUGUUACUGCAAGAUUUGCACGACACUUACCGGGCUGGUUGGUUCUGGGCUAGUUUUAUUGUUAAUUUUAUCACAGCCUAUUUAAUUAAAAGAAUGAAAACACUUGCCUUUAAGCUUGCCAGGUUGUUCUGCUCUCUCAUGAGAAGAACUUGGAUACAGUGAGUUUGCACAGCUCAGUUGUUACCUAACCACACACCUGCAGACCUCCUGAGGUACACAGAAUAGCUGAGCAGUUCAGUUCAGGGAUCAGGUCAUCUCUGCUCCUCCUAGUUUCACCAUGUUCUGGCAAUAAAAAGCACAUAUUAUAUCCUGGUUUUCUCCAUCCUUGCUUUACUAAGGUUACUGUCUCUCUUUAAACAUCCUUGUAUGGUUCUCCCACUAUUAGCAAGAUUUUAUAUCUGUAAAGAAUGUCCAGUUUUGUAAAUAUUUCCCUUUUUUUUUUUUUUUCUUUUUUUACAUCUGAUUCUAAUGCUUUGUUAACUUCAAAAGGAACUGGUAGAGUUCAGAAGAUGAGCUGUUCUGUUUUUCUAAACCUCUUCCCAGGAAAGGGACAUUGACACUUGAAUUUUUGUCACCUUUUUCCUCAUUAGAAGGAAAGUAGAAAGCCUUACUUUAGGAUUUUUUUAAAAAAAUCCAUCUCACCCCAUAUUGGUCUUAAAUAAGUAUAGACUAAUUAACCAAAGCUACCUUUAACAAUGUAGAAUUUAGAUGGUUUCACAUAUGUGAGAAAAUCCUGAAUAUAGGACAGGGGUCCUACUUUUUUCCCCCCACCUCUGUCACCCAGGCUAGAGUAUAGUGGUGUGAUCUUGGCCCACUGCAACCUCUGCUUCCUGGGUUCAAGUGAUUCUCCUGCCUCAGCCUCCCAAGUAGCUAGGAAUGUAAGAGUAUGCCACCACGCCCAGCUCAUUUUUUUAUUUUUAGUAGAGACAGGUUUCACCAUGUGGGCCAGGCUGGUCUCUAACUCCUGCCCUCAAGUGAUCCACCCGCCUCAGCCUCCCAAAGUGCUGGGAUUACAGGCGUGAGCCACCAUACCCAACCCACUUUCU